UCUACCCCUUUCUUUUUUGAAUAUAUAUCUGCAGACGUAUCAUUGUUAUUCUAUUCGCGCUUUAACCCCGCCAAUUACCAGAUUACCGACAUCAUGGGCCUCCGCGACAAGUUCAGGAAGAAACACGACUCGGACGACGAGGCUAACACCAAACCGACGAACGCUACCAAUCCCGCGAGCCCCGAAUUCACCUUCAUCCGCACCGACACCCACAACGCCGAACUCAUCUACCCCCCGAGUGCCGGUCCCCAACGAGAACAGGGCCAGUUCCUAUCCGCCGAUCCCAAGUCCGACGACCCCUCCAGGCAGCGCCGUAGCCUCGAUGUCUUCCGCAGCAGCCGGAGCCGGAGCGGUUCCGCAGCAAGCAACCAGGGCUCCGGGAGGCGUCUGUCGCAGCGCUUGCACCUGAGUCGCAGCCCGUCCAGCUCCGAGAACGUGCCACAGAACCUCCCCGAUAUUGUCGUACCCGAAGGUGGCACCGACGACAAGGAUGGCACCGAGUCGCAGUGGGAGAAGCGCGCCACCAUUCUGGCCCGCGAGAACGAGAAGCACCGCAGCCGGCCUGGCAGCCCCGUGCACGGCUCUGCGGCACCCAUCAUCCCGCAGUUGCGACUGGGCGAUGGGUCGACCGGGGACUCCUCCGACUCGCAGGGAAAGGCAGUCUCGUCCAAGGCUAUCGACGAAGAUAUACAAGAGGCCAUUAGGUUGCAUGAGGAGGGGGAUCUCGAGCAGUCCACGGCGUUGUUUGGCCGGCUGGCGGAUCCUAAGGGGGCCAACAACCCCCUGAGCCAGGUCUUGUACGGUCUUGCACUGAGGCACGGAUGGGGCUGCAGCCAGGACUCAGCCAAAGCCGUAACCUACCUCUCCGCGGCAGCGUCCAAUGCCGCCGACGUCGAACAGCUCGCUCUACAGGCUGGACUCAAAAAGGGCGGCGCCGCCAAGGGGGAGCUCGUUUUGGCCAUCUUUGAAUUGGCCAAUUGCUUCCGCCACGGGUGGGGGAUCCCCAAGGACCCAAUUGCUGCGAAGCAGUAUUACGAGACAGCGGCGAACUUGGGAGACACCGACGCCAUGAACGAGAUAGCAUGGUGCUAUUUUGAAGGUUUCGGCACGAAGAAAGACAAGUUCGCGGCGGCCAAGUACUACCGUCUGGCAGAGAAGAAUGGUAACAAGAUCCUGGGGAAUUCUUGGUAAGCCACUUCCGUCCUCUGUUUUUCUCUCCCUGGCGGGAACACAAACCCUGCGGGCCAGUGUCGGACAACAGCGGCAGCCGCGCAGCAUGUUCUCUCUCUGCUUGUGCGAUGACUUGCCGUCUGCGGCCGGCCUGCCCACAUCCCCCACUCUCCUGCCUUGCAUGAAACGCAAAUCGCGAAAGGCGAUAGGCCGAGCGGCCACGUUUUCUCGCUCGCCCUGUUUUUUCCCCUUCUGUUUUGGUUUUGGGUCUUGCUCUUUCG